AUGGAAGGGUCAAAGAUAAACUUAAAAAUCUGGAAAAUAUCUUUGUCUUCAAUUCUCUUUAUAGUAUUAAUAUUAUUAUGUUUUCUACUAUUUGGUUACUCACGAUAUGAUUCUUAUGAAGGUGUAAGAAGAAAUCAGGGUGAUUUAAACGAACCUAAAAAAGCUAGCGAUAUUCUGAAAGAGCCACAGGAAAAAACCCGGCUGUAUUUUCAACACCCGAUCUCCACAUUCGAUUAUAAAAAUGACGACUUGGAUUCGUACGAUACUGAUCGAAACAUUGGCAUUAAUUCUCAUUCAAUCGGUCGAUUUAAGCGGGACGCAAGCAGAGGCUCAACCCAACAGAAGCAAAGCAUUGUCAAAGGAAAAAGAAUUGGGAAACGUCAAGUUUUCAGAGGAAAUGCUGUAACUGAUUGCUUCCAACUUCGUGAAGAAUGUCUUUACAUGAUAAAUUUUAUCAACUCUAAUUUGAAAGUAGCCGAAAUCGCUUUAGCUAACAUCCAGAAUGUGAUCUGGCGAAUUCAACCUCUUGAUGUAAAUACUAGAAGUUUGCUGACGUGUCUUCAGUGUUCUCAUACUCAAAAUAUUCAUGGCGUUCCUAGACCUACUAGUGGAUCUGGAGGAAAUCUUGAAGGUAGCAGUUCAGUUAAACAACCUGUCCUAUGUUCUCAUUUUCCCGCUCAUAUUCCUCCCAAUGAUUUUCAAGAAAAAUAUGAUCAUCGUGAUUUUGGUCAGCAGAACAACAAGGAAGCUGAUCCAAAUGGACUGCCACGUUUUAACUGA